AUGCUAGAACCGGCAACGCUGUGUGCGCGUUACGUCAUAAUGGCGCGGAAAGAGCAGCGCGAGGUCCACCUCUACCCGAAGUCUACGUCAGAUGAGACAGUGCCCGCUAUGGACGCCGAAGAGGAUCCAACAAUGGCCUCUACACCGGCCGGUUUUGGCAAAGCAUCCACACAGUGCAAGCUCCUGGAGACAAUCUUCGAAGAUCCAAAACACGGGGCCGAUGGAAGAGAACGCCUCACAUCGGUAAGAAAGUACAAGCGCUUCAUUGAUUUCACCGUCGGUCCAACUGCAUCAAAGAAGUGGAAGCGAAGCCAGAAAGCGCGCAAGCUGGCAGUUUGCCGACAGUCGCUUUUCCAGCAUCAAGGCCACCCAGAAGUGUUUGAGUGUCCUCAAGAUGCUUUUACGAGACUGACGCAACGGAAAACGCGCGUGAGAGGUCCUGCAUCUGUGUACCAAAAUGGGACCGACCAUGCUUUAAUCGCCAUUGACAAAAGGCCAGCCUGCUACAACAACAUGGGCGGUGGUGCCUGCGCAGCCGUUGACUCCGUGCAUUCUUUGAGCCAAAGUGAGUUAUGCUCGCAGGCAGGAUGCAACAACGGCUCUUUUGAACCGAACUCGAGCUCUGGCUUGCCGGAUACGCUGAUCGUUUCGAGCGGAGACCUCUUUGUUGAAGAAGCAGCGACGGUGGAGUUGCCCCUCGGAUGUGCAAGCAACAAUGGUGCCAGCAUCGACGUGGAAGUCAGGUCUAGCAUCGAGGACCUGCUUACGGCUGUCGUCGUCUCCAGCCACGGUUGUUCUCUAGAUUACCAGAGUGUGCGUGCAGGCGACGUAAAACACUCCAGGUCGUGUAACGGCAACGCUGGGGGCGCGAGCCCGGACGGAUUACUCGAGGUGCGGCCAACGGCGGAACCGAGGAGGGCACAGAGUAGAAUGCGUCUGUCUGCAAGAAGAGGGCCGAGGAAGCAAGCGUCUGUCUGGGCUCCGAGGCAUCCGGUGGACAGGAGUGUCGAGGGAACCGUGAGUGAGCUCAUUGCCAUCAUCGAGGCAACGGACAACCUCUGCGAGGGUGUUGUGGAAGAUUGUAGCCUCUCCAGCUGCAAUGUAGAUAGAGAAAUUGUCAAUCAGCUGCUGCAUUCCUUCGUGGAAAGGGUUCCCGAGAAUGUGCCCUAGCUUCGCUCCUGUUCUGGGAAUGCUCCAUCGUUCUUUCUUAAAAAGAUUUUUUAGACUCUUUUCUUUUUUUUUUUUUAAGGUAACUUUUUUUUACUGUGUGGGAAGAAGUCCUAGAGGGGUUGGGGAUUUGAUGAUCAGCCGCACCAAAUGUCGAGUCAAGCGUGCUACGCGACAAUGUACAUUGCAUUUCCUACGUAUUGUAAGACGGCAAAUGAUGUUGCACAAGCUAAGUUGUUCGGCGUACUUGGACGUAGUUAACGUUAAACAGGAAAGGCAUUUUGCUUGUGGUCUAGUCUAAUGAAGUUUUUUUUGUAAUAUAAUUUUACUAUUGAUAAAGAGAUGGAAGGGUUGUGCCUCUAAUCAUAUCCUUUCAGAUGCAAAGAACAAAUACAAGUUACUUGUUUGCUUUUGAUCGGGUCAAUGAAAGAUUAUAGGAUUUUGAGACUGUGAGGUGCAAGAAAUUCAGUUUGCGAGCAAGCCCUCGCAUGACCAAAGCGCUGCACUCCAGCAAUGCAUAGUCCACAGUCUUAGUAAGUGUUCCAAUUUUUUAAAAUAGGACGUAGACAAAGUUUAAAUUUGUCAGUGUAAACUUUCAGCUGUUUGUAAGAAAAGUUAGUUAAGUUUAAUGGAAAUGCAGAUGUACUUCGAAUUUACCCGUGUUUAAUGGAAAUGCAGAUUUACUUCGAACUUGCCCGUGCUUAAUGGAAAUGCAGAUUUACUUCGAACUUAACUGUGUUUCUCUGACAUAUUGGUUUCCGUGAAUAAAAGCUCUUGCCUAAUUUA